AUGGGGAUAUUCCACUCUCGCAGCCUCCAGCCUAGGCCCAUUCUGCUCCCGGCUGCCCCGGGGAAGACAGCGCUGCGAGGGGCCAGGAGCCUGCGGGCCACGGCCUUGUCCCCGUGGGCAGUCCCCGGGGCUGAGACCGCACGGCCCUGGCCUCGCUCCCAGCAGCAACCUCGCGCCUCGGGAAAAUUCUCAGACCAGCAUGAAUGCGUAUCAACUGAAAAUGGUACCGGAACAGCGGCAGCCAGCGCUUUUGCAUAGGAAGCUCGAGAUGUAGCUCGCUACAGUCUUCCAGAAGUUGAAACAAAAUUGAACAAACAAGGUGAGUUUGGAGCCUUGGAAAGUGUGAAAGCUGCCAGUGAACUCUAUUCUCCACUAACAGGAGAAGUAACUGAAGUUAAAGUGGCUCCGGCAGAAGACCCAGGACUUGUCCACAAAUCUUGUUAUGAAGAUGGUUGGCUGAUCGCGAUAACUCUGAGCAACCUUUCAGAACUUGAUGAACUGAUGAAUGAGGAAACAUAA